AUGGCCGCACCCUUGGGCUCAUCCUCUUCACAUGCUGCCGUGUCUUUGUCUGCAACAGCAACAAGCAUGAAAGACUCAUACGCCAAUUCCAUCGCCAGCGACGCUCCAUCCCUUGCCUCGGCAACCGCCUUCACCACCACUCCUGCAACCGUCGCCAACGUCAAGCCUGCGCCUGAAUACAUCUCGCUGUCCAGCGCAUCCCAAUUAGCCACCGACGUCGCUGACGCUCGCGCUGAUGAAGACCACUCAUGGCGUCUUCACCACAGAGCCACAGUCGCAGAAAGCGCUGUCGCUUCCAUCAAUCAAUUCCUCGAUCGCCAGCUCUACGAAUACAUCAAUGUCGCCAGAACCGCCUCGCUACACGCCCUAAGGCCUGCCGUCACCGAAGUCCUCAAGAAGAAUCUCGCAAGAGAUGCAAUCGCCAGCGCCCAAGACAAUCUCGAAGAUCUCCUCGCUCUGCAGGCAGACGAUGAGUUCAACGAUCAAGUUCGCCCUUCAAGUCAGAGCGGUGCCAAAUUCAACCUCGAUUUUACAUGGAAGAGAUCGCGUCUGAGAGUCAUGAUGCGCACAGAGAAGAGCGAGUUCGACAUUGAUGAUGAUGAGCGCUACGUACGCGAGGAGGGAUUGAACACAACUUUCUCAGAAACCGCCGGUGUCAUCAGUCUGGCGUCCGAGAUCUUCUUGGCCGGCGUGCUAGACUACCUGGGCGAAAUGCUGCUCACAUUGGCUUCGCAAGUCGCUCUGGCUCGCCUUCAACGCACACGCACCAAUUCGACCCAGCCAGAGCAGAGCGACGACAUUAUGUACAUGCUCGUUGAUGAUGCCGACUUGGAGAGAGCUGUGCUCAAUUCCCCUCUCGACCGUCAAUGGCGCACCUGGAAGAAGUCAAUCCGCAUGCUCAACCGCGCUUCCCACCAGAGCCACUCGGCAGCGAGCAGUCCGAUAGUUGUUCGCAGAGGUAGCCUGUGGGAUCGUAUUCCAGAUCGUCCAGAAAACAACUAUCCUGAGCAUGUCCUUGCUUCCAAUAUUCCGCUGCCUGAGAACCUGCGCGAUGUUGAUGAAAUCGAAGUUCCCGGCCUCGCCAGAGAUCCAGACCGUCCGGAGUCUGCUCAACAGAACGACCGAGCGCCGCGAGUCUAUCGCCCGCAAAGCGCUGGCUUCGGUGCCCACCGUCAGUACAAAUCCGACAACUUUAGCAAACUUCGACCUGUCUCGGUUCCCCUGCCCAUGACGACCCCACUCGUUGAAGCUCCUGGAGCUUGGCCCAUGGAUACCCCAGCGGUAGAAAUUGUGAACCCAACUUCACAGUACGCUGAAGGGCAAGCCGGUGAAGGACUGCCCAGUGUGCAAACAAACGACUCCGAGCGACCGGAAUCAAGAGACAGUGCUCACACCGAAAAAGCUUCCAUUUCGUCUCAGCCCACCGAUUUGGACGAUGGUCUCCCCGCGAUGAAGGUGGUACAGCGACCUAAGAGACUCGCUAUCUACGGUCUUUCAUCAGCCAGAUACACACAAGCACUCAACCUUUCGCAGGAAGGUCUGGAACUUGCAGCAGAACUGGACCGUCCUUUCAGUCCCGAGGACUUCUUAGCCAGUCGCAACUUGAGUGGCUCUCACUCAGGCUUGACACCGACAUCCAGCCAUAGCAGGCCCAACGCGCUAGGAUCACCCGCUGAGCUUCCUGCUGAGACCUUCAUGGAGUCUGACAGCGACAGCGAUGCCGAGGACGAGCCUGAACCUGUUGUUCACACAGCUUUGAGCUCUCCUGUGGUUGCCACGAGUCCUCUGGCAAGACAAUUUCCUGGUCUGGGAAUUACACGAUCUUCGUCAGGCGCUUCCUCAAAACGUGAGAGAACACCUAUCUACGAACAGCGUGUCUCGGCGGACUUUGUGAAGACUAGAAGGAGCUCAAAGUUGACAGACUCAGAUUCAAGUAGCCCCGCUCCGAGAAUCAGCCCACGCCACAUUCCAAGACAGAGUGUGGACGAAAGAAGAAAGCUUCCUACGUCGUCAAUGACUUCGGAAAAAGACUUUGAUGCUCUGUUGAAGAGAGACGAGACUAUCAAAUACACCUUGACACCUGAGAAUGUCAGGGAUGCAUCCGAUCGGUCUUUCAGCCCCCAGGCGAAGAUCAAGAAACCAACUCUGUUCCGCUCCAACUCGCGGGAACACUCCAGACAAGACAGCGACAGUCAAUCCGUACGAUCUAAUCGUAGUGGUACUUGGUCGCUCGGGGGUAUCAAUCAAAAGAAGGAGUCGAAGCCAGUCGAAGAAACAAGACUCAGGAAGACUUCAAUCAGUCGUCCAUCGCCUCAGAACUUGCAUGCUCUCCCUUCAGGUCAGAUGGCCCGUGAGGCAGUCAUCCAGACAGACUCGACAAGAGAUCUCGCAGACUUCCUUCGUUCAACUGCUCCAGACAAGGAACCGAACCCGAUUGUGCCUGGGCUCGCUACUAGCCGCAGCCUGUCUUCCAUUCGUGCUACAGCUCAAGCGCAGGCCGCAAGAGCCAAGGACGCACCGCCUGUGCCCAAACCAACUCCUUCCGGUGGCAAGUACAUUCCUAGAAACCCAGCAGGACCACCACCGAAACGCUCAGCCAACCGACCAAGCUUGAUGGCCAGAGCAGCAACGGGAUCAUCCGACAACAACAGCGAUCUCAUUGACUUCAUCAGAGGCGGUCCUCCUGGUCCUGACGGCAAGGCUCGCGUGCCGAAUCACAUUGCUCCUUUCGCCGAUUGGGAUGGCGCAGAAGUGCCGAAAUAUUACGGCAACAGACCCCUGACGUCCUCCACUUCGGACUCGCGGACAGGACUGUUGACCAAUGGAUCUCCCAACGUCAAUUACGGCAGUAACAAUACACCUAAGCUACCGAUGUCCCCCUUGACCCAGCCUAGCUCACCUGCUUUGAACUUGGUACUGCCCAACACACGUCCAGCUGUCAGUAGUGAUGGCCGCACACGAAGCAGAGUCAAGGAUCCUUAUGCCAUUCCUGACGACUCUGAUGACGAUGACGACGACGAAGAAGAUGUGCUUGCUGCUCUGCCACAUGCCAACAGCAACGGCAACACAGCUGCAGGCGCGGAACAGCCUCGCACUGGUUCAAUCACCAGUAUGCACUCCUCAGCUGGACGUUCUCCAGCUAUGAGCAACGGCAACACCCCCACUCUAUCACCCAAACCAGGAUAUGCUCCCAGUAUCAGUAGCAUCCAGACAGCAACCUCUAAUACCGCGGUACGCCCUGCUCAUAUCACUUCUCACAUCUCUAGCGGCAACAUCCCCCGCAGCAACAAGCCAAAGCUGGAAGUGCGCUCAGCCGGUGUAGUUAGAAACGCAAGGCUUGAUCCGUUCCACUCAUCAGGUACCAGUGAUCUUGCCGACUUUUUGAUGUCUUCUGGACCUCCGGAGCCAGUCCAGAGACCUGCUCCUGCCCCUGCUGUCGGCAAAGGUGGCAAACCUGACAAGGCUGAGAAGAAGAAGAGCAGAUUCUGGCAGCGCUCUUCUUCUGCUAAGAUGACCUAUGGAGACUUGCCUUGA